AUAAUGUCUUGGUCGAAAAUCGUAACGGACAGUAAUGAUGAAGAAUAAUUUCUCUGCAGUUUGUUUUCAUCAUAUGUUUUUCUGUUUUUUAUCGUUUAAUUGGACUUUUUGCAGAUAGGUGAUAUGGCAUCAAAAUCAAGUUCAUCAACACAUCUCCGUAGUUCAUCAGGUGGUGGAACCAAAAAGAACUUAACCACUGCAAGAGAUGUCCGUCCUCCAUCUGGCAAAUCAAAGAGUAGCAUUCUUAAUAGAGAGCAUGAAUAUCUGAGGUUAAAUGCAGAACUGGAAGCAAAAACAGCUAGCUUAAUAAAAGAGGCUGAAAGUGUUCUGCACGAUCAAGACAAGUUGCUUUCCAUACAAGAUGAUGUGGAUGAUAGCGUGAAAAUCAGUCAGACAUCCAUGGAAGAUAUGAAUGAUAGUAAAGAUGAACAUAUCAUCAAUGGCAAUAAGAAUAAGUCAAUAAAAGCAAACUCUAGCAAGGAGAAAAAACGACCAACAUCAGGCACAAGUCUAGCAAAAAGACCGAGAAGUGGUAAAACCAAAUCUGUAAACAAACUAGCGACAAAAAGUCCAAUAAUAAAGAUUGAGUUAGAGGAGACAGAAGACGACCUACAGUUCUCUGCUACGAAAGAUGACAUUCUUGAAGACAAUGAAGAUUUGAGCUCAGAGGCCGUCACUCGAUUUUUGAAAGCAAAAAUAAGAGUAAUGCAAGAGGAAUUGGAUAGAUUAUCAUCUGAGUCGAUAUCAAAAGAUGAAAAUAUCGCUGCUGCAGAGCAGAUGAAUAAAGAGCUGAAAGAAGAAUUGCUAAGGAAUCAGAAAACUAAUCAAAGCUUACAAGCUCAAAGUGAUAAGUACAAAAAACUUUAUGACGAUUCAAAACAAAAAUGUGAUGGAAUUGAAGCACAGUUGUUGUCUUUACGAAAGGAAUUGGAUAAUGUCCAUAGAGAUCAAAAACAAGUUAUUGCUGGAAAAAAUGCCCUAGAAGUCAGAUUGAAUAGAGCUUUAGAAGAAGUAGAAAAACAUAAAACAUCUUUACAAAGAGCUAGAACAUCAUCUAAGGAUACGAAUGAACAGGAAAAGAAAAGGUCAGAUCAACUGAUAGCUGAGAACAAGCGACUAGAAAAACAAAAAUCUGAACUGAUGGCAGCUUUCAAAAAGCAAAUGAAACUGAUUGACAUACUAAAACGACAGAAGAUGCACAUUGAGGCUGCAAGAAUGCUUUCCUUUACUGAAGAUGAGUUUGUCAAAGCUCUCGACUGGAAAAAGUGAUAGAUUGGCACGAUAUCCUUAAUUUUUCUUACUUUAAUGUGAGUAUGUUUUGCUUUCGAGCAAUUAGCAGUUCACGGUAAAACUAUGAACGAUCAUUUUGGUUUAUCUAAGCAUUUCUACGCGACAGACGUGCAACUCUGGCAAUAGGUAGUUACAGUUUGCUAUCGUUUUAAUAAGUAAAUAUCGCAAUCUCGUAAUUUGCUUUAUCCAUGUCAAAACCCAUGCACAUUUUGCGUUUAAUUGAGUACAGGCUUAGUUCCUGCCAAUUUUCAUCUAGAAUCCUGCCAAGCAUUGAUUAUAAUCAUUAUAUCUACAGAUGGAUUGAAUAUUGCUGUCACUUGUAAGACUCAAUAGAUGUUGUUUUUAAUUGCCUUGUUUACUAUCACAUUGUAUACAAACAUUAAUAUGAUUUGCCGUACUUGGCUUGCAUUAAUACCGUUUGACAUCAUACCUGACAUUUUUAAUCUUUUUCAUGUUAUCAAAGAUAUUUUACUGCA